AUGUCUUCAAUCGGUAACACCGACAGAGUGCCUGCUUCACGCAUCUUGGUUGAAGGACUGGACAUUGACGAGCUCGUCAGCUCGUCCUCAAACUUCUUUCAUGUUCCACGUUUCCCUAUCUUUUCUGAAGAACUCUCUGCGACCUUAGCCGACCAUGAAGCUAAAGGCAUACCUCUGGUGGUCUCCGACAUUCACGAGCACCCACAGUGGCCUUCCGAGAAGUUCUCACUUGAAUACUUUGCUCAGACCGCCCCUCCGAGUCCGUUCAACCAUCUCAACGUCCGAAAUGUGCAUACUCGUCGAGAUGCAGAAAUGCGGACCACAGACUUCAUAGCACAGUUCCAAUCUCCAACUCUGGACCAGUCCUCGAGCGGUAAGCGGUGCUACGCCAAGGACGCUCCUUGUCCGGACGAGUGGAAAUCAUGGUUGAAGGAUUCGGAUGCCAUACCGGAAUCCUGCCGACAAUUUUCGUCGAAUGAUAUCUUACAAUAUACGUCUUCAGUGGAAACGCUCAUGUGCUAUCUUGGCGGCAGCGGUACCUUCACGCCUAUGCAUAAGGACAAUUGCGCCAGCUCUGGGCAGAACCUUAUGGUGUAUACAAAGGACUCUGGCUCUGCAUUCUGGUUCAUGACACGAAGCUCGGACGCUCCAGCGGUCGCACAAUUCUUCCAAACACUGAAGGUUCCUCAAGUCCUCGACAAGGAGUCCUAUCAUGUGUCCAUAGAAGAGCUCAGAACAGCCCCGUUCUCUGUUUAUAUAACAGAGCAGAAGUUGGGAGAUCUUGUCUUGGUUCCUCCCCGCAGCUGCCAUCAAGUCGUCAACCAUGGUGGUCUCACCGUGAAAGCAUCAUGGUCCCGUAUGACUGUGAAAGGGGUAUCAAUUGCUAUUCGCCAUGAAUUACCUACUUACCGAAGGGUCUGUCGAAUGGAGACCUACCGAUGCAAAUCACUGGUGUACGCCACAAUUUGUGACCGAACUCGUCUGCUCAAACAGAAUGUUGACGAGGACAUCAAGCUCCGCAAGUAA